AUGGCUCGCUUCAAUGGAAAAGUUGCUCUUGUUACAGGUUCCUCCAAUGGAAUCGGACGUGCCACAGCAGUUCUUCUAGCUCAGGAAGGGGCUAAAGUGACCAUCACUGGAAGAAAUUCUGAAAGACUCGAGGAAACAAAACAAGAAAUUCUGAAAUCUGGAAUUCCAGCAGAUCACGUUUUGGCAGUGGUUGCCGACUUGGCUACAGAAGAAGGACAAGAUAAACUCAUCAACUCCACUAUCCAGAAGUUUGGACGUCUUGAUAUUCUAGUGAACAACGCUGGAACUGCUUUCGUUGACUCUCAAGGACGUGUCGGAAUUGAUCAAGACGUGUCUGAUUACGAUAAGGUUAUGAGAAUUAACAUGAGAAGUGUGGUCACUUUGACACAAAAAGCAAAAGAGCAUUUGGUCAAAGCAAAGGGAGAGAUCGUUAAUGUAUCAAGUGUUGCUGCUGGACCACAGGCACAACCCGAUAUGAUGUACUAUGCAAUGUCUAAAGCAGCCCUGGACCAAUUCACCAGAAGUACAGCGGUUAAUCUCAUCCAGCAUGGCGUAAGAGUGAAUGCAGUCAGUCCAGGAGGUGUCACGACUGGAAUCGGAGAGGCCAUGGGACUUCCAGCUGGAGCAUUCGAAAAAAUGGCAUCAUUCUGGGAGUCUCACAAAGAAUGUCUUCCUUCUGGUAAAAUCGGUGAACCAGUGGAUAUUGCUAACGUGAUUGCAUUCUUGGCUGAUCGAAAACUUUCUUCCUACAUCAUUGGACAAUCGAUUGUUGCUGAUGGUGGAUCCACUUUAGUCAUGGGAAUGCAAGCUCACGAUAUGAUGAGUAUUCUGACUUCACCAUAA